AUGAGAGUGGUUUUUCUCUGCAAAGGAUCGAGAGGCGAUGUGGCUCCGAUAUUAUCACUCGCAGUGGGCUUCAAGUAAGUUCUUGUGCAUUCAUAGAUCUGCCACUGCAGCGAAUUUUUUUUACGGUGUGUGAAUAUUUACAUUUAAGUAAAUCUCAUUGCAUGCGAUAUUAAAUCUCUGGUUUUUCAGAAUUAUCUUGGAAAAAUUUAGUUCAUGAGCACUGAUGUAUUUUAUGUGGAAGAAAAACAACUCCUGCGCGGUUUCGAUCUAUAAUUUUUAAGAUUUAAUUUGUGUUACUCGCAAUUCAUGCUAAGCUAACAUAAAAUCUUUCAACUGAAUAAUUUUACUUUAAUUUGUGUACAUCAGUUGUAGAUUCUGAUCAAGUUUUGGACAUUUUAUGGCUACGUUAGUAACAAGCCUCGCAUUAAGUUUAAAAAUUCACAAUUGAACAUCAUGAUUUUAGUUCAAUACACCCGCUUCCUUUUAUACUGACCAACUGGUCCAGUUCAUUAUAUGUAAACAAACACAGCAAGAAGCCAUGAUAUUGAACGUCGCCACUUUAUCGAUUUGAAUUGAAAGCUAAUUCUGCUGUGCGGGUUUGUCUCAGUGAAUUUUGAAAAAUAUAGAUUACAGUAUCGGUUAUGUUCGUAUAAAUGCAUUUAUUAUGCAUACAUGCUUCUUUUCUAUUCAUAUCAACUAUUUAUGUGUGAAAUAGUAUGAAAUUGCUGCAUGCAUAAUAAAUGUAUGGGGUUAUACAGGAAUCUGAUUACCAGAUUACAGUCAAAUCCCGAUAAUUCGAACCUUCAAGGGAAAGAGAAAAAAGUUUGAGUUAUCAGGAGUUCAAGUUAUCAAGGGUAAAAUUAUAUAGAAAAUGAUCUGAAGGGAAAUGAAAAUUGCUUUGAGGUCAACUGUAUCUUCGUGGGAAAAUGACUUCGUAACAAACGGGCACCCAGAUAAGUUAACUGAAAGCUGUACAACAUUCCAUACAAGGGAAUUAAUCGUAUCCCAACCAAUUUUUCAAGCUGCUGUUGUUUUUCCCAAAACUCAAAGUUGUCAAGCCUGCUUUGUGUCAAUCGUCACUUCGUGAGGAUGGUUAAUUGUUAAGUGUUAUUACGUCAUAGCUAUUAUAUAAGCAUUGUACAUUAUGAAUCAGUCAGUCAUAAUCUCUUGUAACGCGGUCAAGCUUAAUUUCGUUAUCGACCAAGCUCUUUCUUCAUCAUGGCUCAAUCAAAUCCUCAAGCUUCUUACACAGAUCCCCAACAACCUAGGCGGUCAUCUAGACUGACAAAGCCAGCAUACAGGGAUCCUAACUUCAUAUACAAGGAUCUCCAACGCCAACUAGAUAAUUUCGAAGACGUGGACGAACGCUACCUUUUACCCUCACCUUCGCUAUUUUCUGAUUUACAAGAUCAUGAUAGAAAAGAAACAAAAAGGAAAGUGAAGCGCGCGUCUUCAAAGCAACCUACAAAAGUAUCAGAUCCUGGUCGCCAGUUUGCGGAGCUACAAAGCAAGCUUCAUGACCUCAAUCUUUACGAUCUAGGUCAAGACGUUCUCACUUCUACAGACCAGAAACGAGGCAAGAUUACACAGUCUACAAGCACUCAUCAUCAGCUCUCACAACCAUCAGCUUCUCCCGAGCGAGACCUUCAACAGGAGAUUCGUCUGGCGGAGCUACAAAAAGAGAAGCUUGCUUUAGAGCUUCAAGUUUUACGUCUGCGCCACGCCCCCAGUUCUUCUUCCGAUGGCGAACCUGGCGAGAAANUUUUUGUUUUGGUGAGUUUCUGUUGUUGUUGACAGGGUGGAAGGGGCUGGGAGGUCAACAUGCAAGCAGUACAGUUUAAAUACCUGAAUGGGAAGCCAAAAAAUGUGAAAGUUUCAAUCCCCAAAUAUCCCUGCCUCCUAAACUAUGCAUCAUUAAACAAGAAAAAAGAAGUGAACAAACAAACAUAUUUAGCUGGAAUAACAUUUUACUGGGCAACCACCUCAAUUGGGACUAUUAACAAGUCAACAUAAGAUGGGCCCAUCUUAAAUUGCUUUCAAAAUUAAGCUCGAUUUUGCUUGUUUUUUAGUAAUUUAAAAAAAAAAUUUAUCUAACUUUAAAAUGUCAGUGACUCUGGUUGAGUUCAUUGCCAUUAAAAAAAAAACAACAACAACAACAAAAUAAUAUUGCCAUCUUUUUUAGUUCCUUCCCUGCUGCCUGGGACAUUUUGUUUCUCUUGUGAAACAUCCCUAGCGACAGAGUGCUUAGCUAAGACUAAAGAGAGAGUACUGUUUAAAGUAAUUUGAAUAUACAUCUACAAGUGGAUUUCUGCAUUAAUUUAUAAUUUUAUUGUUUGAUCAUAACAUAGCCUGGCUCCAGAGGUCCAAUUACAAAAUUACGGUGGCCCAGAAGGGUCACACGUGCAAAUUAAAAAUGUUGCUGCAAAUUAAAAAUAGUCAUGCAAAUUAAAAAUUGAACAUGCAAACUAAAAAUAUUACCUGCAAAUUGAAUGUAGUACAUGCAAACUAAAAAUUGUGCUCCAAAUUGAAAAUAGAAAACAUAUCGAUGCAAAUUAAAAAUGAAAGGUCCUGCGCGCAGUAUGAGUGAUGAGGACCUGGUUAAUCUGAAAAAUGAGCAUAGCAACAGCAUAGAAAAAAACAGGAGCAUUUUUUUACCAGUAUAUAAUUGUGCAUUUUGUUAAUCCAAAUACAUAAAUGUUAACGUUUAACGUCAUCCUGCGAUACCAGGGCCUCCUGUUCCAAGACUUCUUGUGAUUUUUUUUUUAGUUUUUUCUUUUUUUCAAUCCAACUGACUGACCCAAUAUCAGGAAAUGCAUUUGAUGCUAAAUGAAAAAAAAAGGGGAUGGCCUAAGAAAGAACAAAACCUUAUUGACACCCGGGGUAAUCAUCAAUCUUGCAAAGAAACCUAUUUGGGAACAACUUCAUAAAGCAGCAUAUUAGCUUGACCCUUAAUGAGCUUUAAACAUGGUUCUCUGAGGGCAAAUGAUAUCACAAAAAGUUGAUUUGAUUUGGCCAUUUGACUUGUCUGAAUUAACCUUAAUUUCAGAUUACCCCAAAUCAUUUUGGUCCCCUAUCCAGAGGGUAAUAUUGAUCAAGUACUCUUGGGGGAGAGAUUUGGGAAGUAAAAUGUAUUCACAUCCUGCUUUCAAUUUAUUUUGAAUCAUGAGCUGUGUUUCAAAAAAUCAUUUCACUAGGAAAUCAGAAUGUUUCUGUUAUCUGCCUUUAAGAGUUGCUACCCACUAAGACAGUUUUCUGCAGGUCUAUAAAUUAUUACACAAUAAGUGAUGUGACAGUUUUUUCCUUGAUGUUUUUUUUUGUAGAAAGAGCAGCACUGCAGAUUCUUGUACCUUAGCCACUCAUGCUUGCCAUAGACUCAAAUUUGACAGUAUUCUGCAGAAGAAUGGCAUUGAUUUUGUGGCUGUGGAUGAACUUGGAAGUGAUAGUGGACCACGGAAUAGUGAAAAAAUGGAGGUAAUGUUUUGGGCCACAAGCAACCAGUGGGUUAUUUGAAUUCCUGAGAUGGGUAAACUAGAGGGCACUGAAAAGUAAGUGCUGCCCUCUGCAACAUUGAAGGCCUUCAGUGACAACCUAAGCCUUUUUAGCCAAAAAAUUAAAAAAACAAUCAUUAUAUCUUGGCUAGCUCUACAUAUAAUAAUAUACAGUGUAGGUACUGGCACUAGCAUGUUUAAAUUGGUUCGCCUUUCAGCUACAAGUGUGUAGUGGAAGAGGUUUCUCCAAGAGUCAGCAACAGGAUAGAAUAAUAGAGAUGCACGGGAGUUUGAAAGCCUGCAGAGGUGCAGAUGCUAUUGUGUUUAAUCUCUUUGCAUGUGAGGGAUGGUUUAUUGCUAAAUACUUUGAUGUACCAUGCGUUGCUGCAUCUCCAUUUGCUGUUACCAGGUAAAGUAAUGUGAUAUACUUAGGACCCGAAAGGCAUCCUCCUUAAAACUCCUCUGACCAUUUCUUUUUUUUUCUGUGAGUCUCCCAUUUCAGUGAAAAUCUCGUAAUGGGAGAAAUAAUAUUGUUUUGUGGGAAACAUUCCUUUAACAUGUACAUGUAUUUGUCAUGUGUGUGUCUCCCCAUUUAUUUAGCAGUUUAUAAUAUGUACAUAAUUUUACAGUGUAUUACUGUAUAAAUAAAUAUCUUUAUAUCUCCAUCUUUAUUAUAUUUUAUUUGUGGUUCUUCUUGAGUCUUUUUUUCAAAAUUUUGCUUAGCGAAGUAUCUAGAACUGUUAAUUUAUCAUUAAUAAAAUUGUUAAUAGUUUCUGUGUGUCUCAGCAAGUCUUGGGAGUUACCACUGACCAUCCUUUUUGUUGGGUAUAUUUGAGGAGAGAAUGUGUACAUGUAACUACUUUUGUUUUUUUUUUUUCAGACAAAGAAUGAUGACAGUAUAGUUUUGUGACUUAUAUAAUAUGUUUACAAUAAUUAAUUUUAACCUUAUUUGCUACAGAACACCGCCUGUAACCUUUGAAAGUAAAUUUAUUGAUGCUUAUCCAGAUUUGUACGAGAGAUUGCAGGAGUCACCACUAGGUAAACUACCACCUAAUCAUGAUUAUUAUAAAAUUCUGUAAUCUGAUUGCCUUUCAGCAUUAAUAGGACAGUCAGUAAUAGGAGUACUAGUGGUGUAACGAUUAAUCGAAUUCUUGGUUAAUCGCAAUUAUGACUGUUCGGUUCGAUUCAUGAUUCUUUGCUUCCACAUUUCAAUUUUGGUUCGAUUUUUGCACACCUAUUCCUGGGUGCCCUCAGUAAGUUAUUGUAUUGUAAAAAUUAUCAGAAUCCUCAACUCUUUAAAAUGUGGGUUUUUGAUUGACAAGCAAAGACAAUAGCAGUUCCUGUGCCAUUUUGUGUUGCCUGGUAAAAAUGUUGUCCUUCAACUACCCCUUGAGAAUAUCCAAAUGACGCAAACCAUGUGCGAAACACUCUUUGUCAGGUUCUCAAACAUAGUGACGAACCAAGCGACCGUGAAUCCUCGUGUCCCCGUUACUAUUCUCAAAUUGAGGGAUUAGGGUUGCAUGUUGUUAACAUUACACAUUAUGUUAUAAGAAUUAAGAAACAUUUAUUUAAUCGAAUUGAAAUCGAAUUGAAUUGCAAGGAAUAUGAAUCGUUACACCCCUAAGGACUACCGUAAACUUCCAAUAUACAGUAAGCCCUACCUCUUAUAAGCCCCACGCCCCUAUUUAUAGACCCCUCUACCUGUAAACAAAACAAAAUAUGUCCAGGUAUAAGCCCCCCUCUAGCUUGUAUUGAAAUGAAUUUGACUUUUUACGGCGUUUUGAAAAUUAAAAGGCGAUCAAAUUUGAAAAGUGUUUUGAUCACUGCUACUGUAUGUAGCUUGUUUUAAAACACUUCCUUAAAUUAUAUGGAAAUAUUUAGAUUAUCUUUUUGAAAGAACAAUGUACAGAAUUGUCAGGCAUUACAACAACAAUAAUAAUAAUUUAAUAAUUUUAUAUUAAUGUUUUUGAGUCUUAUAAACCUAACAGUCAGUCUAGACUGGCCAUUUCUAAUUAAGAUAAAGGUAAUGUUUUAUAUUUGUAGGUCGAGUGAGCUAUGGUGAUAUUGAUCACUGGAUGUGGCGACUGUACUUGGAUGAUUUUGGUGAAUUUUGUGACAGCAUUGGCCUUCCGGUGUGUCCUUAUGCUGAGCUGCGACCUGAGGAUCCUCUCCCUCCAUCCACCACCUUAUUGUAUGGUAUCAGUCCCAGAGUGAUUGAAAAGCCUCAGUAUUGGCCUGACAGGUGAGCCUAAUGCCAUUGUCUUCUGUACAGUGGCUUAAUUUUCAGUUUAGAUCGAUACCCUUUUUUAAAAGUUUUGUCCUCAACUCUCUCCUUUUUGGAAUCAUACAUGACCAGGGGCGUGUUUCUCGAUAGAAGUCCCAAUAACUUUUCAAGCAUGAAAAGCUGUUUUGUGUUUGUUGGGUUUACAUUCAAGAUGAAAGUUUCAAUUGUUUUGAAAAUGAUAAAAUGAUAGUACGAGUCAACGAAGCAAAAUAAUUUUAUUGACUGGUUUGUGAGCUAGGAAAUGCGCUAACAUUGAACAGGUUUUGAUUUCAAAAUCUGCCUUCAGUCCCGGAACUGCGUGUUACCGCCCAUACAGAUCCAUGUCUCUUCUACAGCUUGUGAUGUCAUCAUGCAGUAAGAAAGUCUGCUUUCUGUGCAUGCCCAAGCUUCCAAAGCUAAUAUUUUACAUCUUGAUCAGAUGGUCAUGAAGUCUAUGACCUGUAAAUGACUUUUUGUUAUGUUUUAGCUCUUUAUAGCCAAACAGUGACUAGAAAACAGCUUGGCUAACUUCAAAAUGCCUUUUUCACCAAAAUUCCCGGGAACGAAUGGGUUAAAAGAUGUUUUUUUUUUUAGCCUGAAUUUCAUCUGAUUAGUUCAAAUUGUUUACUCCCUCAGUAAUGUCUGAAACAACUGGCCGUCCAGUGACGUCACUACUCCUUUGCUUUAAUUCAUGCAAACAGUUAAACACGAUUCUCAAGUGGCAAACCAAGAAAUAUCGUCUGGAAAUGUCUGCAUGAUACAGAAUAGCUUUAUUUUUUCUAUCAUAGUUCAUGUUUAACAUUCAAACUAUCAACUGCAUGCAGUACUCUGAACCGAUUGUAAUUCCAUAAUCAAACUUGGUCGCAAUGACGCAAUGAAAUAAAUACACACACGGAACACUUAUUCAAAAACACAACGAUUUGCUGUAAUUAAAAAGAAGCUAUUUGGUCCUUAACAAAGAAAAAAGAAAACAAGGAAAUAAGAAAAAAAAGCCAACAGAAUCAUUACACUUGACGGUGAAAAUAGCUAGAAGCUCGAAUUACAACAUUGGUCUCAGAAACUUCUCAUAAACAAAAUCACUGCCGAAACCACAAAGCGGCUCUACAUGAAAAACCUACCUACUCUCCCCAAUGAUUCUUCAUUCGCAGUUCAAUUUAGCAUUUCAGUUUCGAAGACGAGGGCAAUUUUGCUAUUUACUCUCUUUGACUUUACAAGAGAUAUAUUUGGAAUAGUAAAACGAAAAUCGUGAAUAGAUCGACACAGCAAAGGUACAGAAAGUUUUAUCUGCAAAACAAGUUGCUCUCCACUGCUGUUCAACUGUCACGUCCCUGUUGAACUGAUAGCAGCACGUGCAUUCGGAAGCUUGAUAGUAUAAUAUGAAGGGAUGCAUCAUGGGAUAUAUGAAAUUCCCCCCUUUAUUUACGAUAAAGAUUUUUGAAAUGUUUGAACUCCACGCAAGCAUACCAGGGAUGUGAUCUGCUGAAUAUCAAGCGACAAUCCCGCUAAAAUUUCUCAUGAUUAUGCACAAUUAUGUAAAUGUUUAGACAAUCAAUCAAUCAAAAUCACUACCCGGUUUUCAGGUAGUGAUGACAUCACCGGCUGGCGUUAGCAGCCAGUCAAUUCAGACGUUGCUGAGAGGAGGAAACGACUCAAAGCAAUUGGAUAAAAUUAAGGCUUGGGGGAGGGGGUGUUGGAGUGGGGAAUCAGUAUCUAGAUAGGGUUUCCUGAUGUUCCAUCUUGGAUUUUAUAUCAUCACUGGAUGUAACAGGCAACAAAAAAUCUCACUGAUAAAGACUUGAUUUCCACAGUGUUGUUCUUUGCGGUUAUUGGUUCUUGGACAUGCCAGCUGAGCCUAUUGAUGACAUCAAAGUGUAUCAUCCAGCAUCAGGUUUUAGCACACUCCCUGACUUCUUGUCAAGGCUUAAGCAAAGUGGUGACAAACCAGUUUACAUUGGAUUUGGAUCCAUGGAGGAGUUGGGAUUCUUUUCAAGUGUCGAUUGUGUUGAACUUUUGUGCAUAUUGAAUGAAGGUACACAAAUUAAUCUUUUUUAAUUACAGUUCAACCUCCCGCAAGAGACCACCUAAAAUGCGAUGAUUUAGUUGUCGCUUUCAAGAAUCACACCACACGGACACUUCCUAGAAGAGGUCCUGACACAUCUACUUUUGCAUGCAAUUUUUAGGUUAUAUAUUGAAUACUUCCAUGUUGUCACUGGAAGCUCUUUUUAUACAAUCACGUACUCUGAGUUUCAUAGUACACACAGAGAAAAAAGAGACCACACUUAUGCAAGUUUUGCAUUAAGUGGCUGCUUGCAAAAUAUCCAGAAGAAUGGAACCAAAAAACUGUCAGGCCAAAAAGUGGUCACUAUCGCUUAUGAGAGGUGGUCAUUUACAAGUGUAGAGGUUCUAAAUUGUAGGGCCUUGACUGGGAAAGUAAUGGUAGUUUGGAUGGGUGGUUGCGCAUGGAGGUUCAACUGUAGUUGAUAACUGACUGUUAAGGAUUCCUUAUCUUAAGUUGCCAAAUUAGCUGUUUAACUUCAUGCCAAGUUUUUGAAAAGGCAGUUUGUUUUGUGUACAUAAGGCUAGGUUCGUAAAUAUUACUCAAGGAAUUAGAUUACAGUACAGUUGACCCUCUCUACAACGGCCACCGUGCGGACAGAACAAAUUUUACAAUAACUGAGUAAAUCCGCACACGCUGAUUGGUCGAGAGCUAUGUUCUAUGAGAGUAUAGACCAUUGUGGAAAUGACGUAACAUGUCAUGCAGUGCCGGUUGUUUUGUUUUUGGUUUUUCGUAAAAAGAAAUGUUAUUGCAGCCUGCGUAGCAGAUGCUUGGAAGUAGUGGGUGAAAGAGAGAAUGGGCGAGCGCGAUGGAGACAUGCGAGGGGUGAGAGAGCUCCCUCUCCCCUCACGUGUCUCUUCGCGUGCCCGUUUUUUCUUGUGCCCACUACUUCCAAGCGCCUGCUAUGCAGGCUUAUAUUAUAUUAAAAAACAAAUUGACCACAAUUUUCCAUGGUCCACACUCUUAUAGACCAUAGAAAUGAUGCCACAAAAUGUUGAAAACUUUGCAGUGAAACCACUUGAGUUUUGAACAUUUUAUGACGUCAUUUUUAUGGUCUAUAAGAAUGUACAUGUAGACCAUGGAAAAUUGUGGUCGAUUUGUCAAGUGGCCGUUGUAAAGAGGUGGCCAUUGUAGACAGAUUUUAAACAAGAGUCAAUGUAUGGAUUUUUUUGUCCGCCGGGGCGAAAAAAAGAGGCCGUUAGUGGAGGUUCGACUGUAUUGCUUUUCUUGUUUUGCAGUAUAGACAAUAGUCUUUGUCUCACAUGCAAUUUUCCAUGAAUCUAACACUGUGCUGGAAGCGAGCAAUUAUAUAUUUACAAUUCACCCGGACGAUCAAACUCAACCUACUUUUGAACUUUUAAUUUUGUUGUUAAAAAAAAACUUAAGACGUCAAUUUUUUUAUUGUUACUGACUUAUAGACUGUAGAAAUGAUCACAUGCAAACAAUGGAAAUUUGUCGUGUAUCAGUGUUUAAGAUCUGUUUGCUUUACUUUGACUUUAUCGAAUGUGGCAAGGGCCGACCACCAGCUACUUGAUGUGUUUGCUAAAGAGUUUUUUAGAUAGCUUUAGUGUUGUUUGAUGUUUGUUUAGGUCUUGUUCAAUGUGGCAAGAAAGCACUUCUGCAACUGUCCCCAACCUCGAAUCUCCUCAAGUCAUGGGAAAUGCUAUGCAAGAACUUUCAAAACUGCAACAUCCACUGCGUUAUGGAAUAUGUUUCUCAUUCCAAGCUCUUUCCCUUCUGUCAAGCUGUGGUGCAUCAUGGAGGCAGUGGUACAGUCGGCAUGGCAUUAAAAUGUGGCAUUCCACAGAUUGUGUGUCCAUUCAUGUUUGACCAGUCAUACUGGGGCGAUAAGGUUGCCUGGAUGGGCGUAGGAGAAACUGUUGGCCAUCCUAGGUCACUCAAAGCCGAGGCAUUUGCUACCGCUCUCGUCAGUGUAGCAAGUGACGAUAUACAGAAGAUGGCUGUUUCCUACAGCAAAAUGUUAGCUGCAGAGGAAGGCAUGGAGUUUGCAGUUCAGCAACUAAGAACAGAGUUUAGCACAUUAUGA